AUGUCAUCACAGUGCAGUUGUUGGGAGACCCUGCAGGCUACCAGGAGCUCCCACAAAGGACAAUUGUCCUGCCACCAGGACUGGCUGUUGAGGAGACAGGAGAUUUUGGAAGAAAGCAUGUCCACUCCUCACUUGUCUACUUCCUCUGGAUGGCUGCUAGACUACAACUUGCCUCACUCUCACCAGAAUCAACUUCCCUCUGAGAAAUCAAUACUUUCUUCUGCUCCUGACCAUCAACUGACCACUCCUCAAUCUCCUGCCAGAAAUGUAAAGGGAUCCUCACCACUUUCCCAUGGAACUCGGUGUCAGGAUGAAUACCAUCAGGCAGAAUGUGUGGUACUUCCCCCGUCCCAGGGAAUAGAGGUGGAAGGAUGCAUUCGAAUGUAUGAGCAGCUACACAGCAUGAGAGCAACUCAAAGAUUAAGGCAGAGGCAGGAAGAGCAUGAAAGGCAGGUCAGGGUCCUCUCUGAGGUGGCCUCCCAGCAGCUGAGGCGAUUUGAUGAAGAAAAGUCAUCGCAGCAGCAACAGCACUAUCAGCACCUUGGCCAAGUGAUAGAGGAAAGUGUCCAGGAAGCACAAGGCCAGCAGGACAAGCUGCAGGAAGAACCUGGUCACAGAGGCCAGAUUGUCAGGCUGAAGCUGCGCGAGGCUCCCCAGCAGAGCUGCGGGCACCUAGAACAAGAGGGGCUGGGCAAAGAUGGAGGCCAGGAGCGCUUGAGGCAGAGUCUCUGUGCCCUUCAAGAGGAGGCACUGCAGCUCAACCAGCAACUGCAGCCCAAGCAUCAGCACGAGGACCUGCUCACCAUACAAGUGUCUGGUCACGCAAGCAGAGGAAACCACCUCUGUGCACUCAUUGCUGACAUCAUUCACACCAUCAGCCAGAGAGGCUUUCCUGCCCCACAAGACCAAGCUAGGGCACAGCGUGCCCUGCAGGAAAUGCGGCAGCUGCUUAACCUUUUGCAACAGGACAUUGCCAAGGCUAAGGAGGAAAAGGCCGGACCGCACCAAGAGGAGUCCCAGGACAAACAGGCCCAAUUAGAGCAGCAGCCAACAGCCCAGAAGGACUCCCCACAUCCUGCUCAGUGUCCAGGAGGCAAACUGAGAGAAGACCUCCCCAGGGAAGCAGGAGACACCACCAUGCAGUGGUACCAGCAGUUACAGGAUGCUGCCAGUCAAUGCACUCUGGCUUUUGAGGCAUUAGCCAACAGCAAAGAUCAGCAGUCUAAGAAGAUCAAAAUGGAACUGCAGAAAGCUGCCACUAUUCCUGUGAGCCAGAUCUCUGCUACAGCAGGCUCACAGCUCAAGGAGGUCUUUGACAAGAUCAACAAUCUGCUCCUGGGAAAAGCUGUGCCCUGUGGUGCUCGCACUGUCUCAGUGACAGACCAUCCACAAGCCUUGGACUUUGUCCAUUACAAGCUGGCAGAGAAAUUUGUGAAACAAGGAGAAGAAGAAGUGGCUUGUCAUCCUGAAGCAGCCUUCCCCAUUGCCCUGGUGGCAGCGGGCAUCUGGGAACUCCACCCCAGAGUGGGGGACCUCCUCCUUGCUCAUCUUCACAAAAGAUGCCCUUACUCCGUGCCUUUCUACCCAGCCUUCAAGGAGGGAAUGGGCCUGCAAGAAUAUCAGAAGCUCCUUGGCUACCGAGUCAAGGAUUCCAAAGUAGAACAACAAGAUCAUUUUCUCAAACGCAUGUCAGGCAUGAUUCGGCUCUAUGCUGCUCUCAUUCAACUCCGUUGGCCUUAUUCAAAGAGACAAGGGGCUCACCCCCAUGGCUUAAACCAUGGCUGGCGCUGGUUGGCACAGAUCCUGAACAUGGAGCCUCGGCCGGAUGUCACUGCCACUCUCCUCUUGGACUUCCUCCAGGUAUGUGGCCAUGCGCUCCUGAAACACUACCACCUUCAGUUCUGGAAGAUGCUGAUGCUCAUCAAAGAGGACUAUUUGCCCAGAAUCGAAGCCAUCACCGGUUCGGGACAAAUGGGCUCUUUCCUACGUCUCCAACAGUUUCUGGACAAAUGUCUGCAGCAUGGAGACAUUCCCCUCCCAAAGGGCUCUCUGCCUCCUUCCUUCUGGCUUUCCUGA